UGAAUUCCGCUUGACAAACGGUUCACAUUCCACAAUGAAACUGAGGAAGGAAACGCAAUUUUUCAUUGCUGCAUGAAUCCAGCGCAAUCAGCGUUCAAUUCAAGAGCUCGCUGUCGGUGGUCUAGCGUCCCCCGGACGACGGCACGCACGGCAGCUUGUUUUGAUUCGUGCGCCCCAGAAUUUUGGCGUCAUUUUUGCUCGGCUCCGCACAUAAAACUGGCUGAUUACGACUGUCCUUUGCUCAUUCCUGCGGCAGACGUGCGCCGAGAGCAAGCAUAAUGAGGCUCGCAUCCCUGAACGUAUGUAUGGUAAUCUGCUUUUGCCGCAGAAACAUGUUUCUCUGGAUCCUGGUAGCGGCGACAUCCGCCGCCCUGCAAGCCGAGUUCAGCCCCUCCAAGUUUCCCUUCGCAACAGCGCCUUUCAACCUCGUAAUGGGGAAAUUCCAGGAAGACGCGUCAAAGAUGGAUGCCAGCAGGAACUUUGUCAAUUUGCCCGUCACUUGGAAUGCAAAUGAAGUGAACCACCGCAGGUGCACUAUCACGAUGCAAACGGUGCAUCAAAUAGACGGCAUCUGCAUUGACUCUGGCAAGACUGAUGCAUGCAGUGCUGGAGCUUUCAUCUACCCGUUUCACCAGGAUUGCAUCGCGCAUACCAGGGCGACGACUGGAGAAUAGAGAACUUGAUUUGAUUUAAAGGAUUAAAGAAACUAUAAGUACUUCCGUCAUUUUAAAGGAAACAAUAAAAUGACUAUCGGUCAAUAUUCACCAUAAGAGCUCUCAUUGAUCAUCGUUUUCACAUUUAACUUUAUAUGGUGAUCAAGUUCACUUUCACUUCCUCUGUUUACUAUAUGCAUCACACUAUAUUAUAGA